AUGCGUUUUACCAAUGUUGUUUGUGAAAAUUUGGAUCCUACAUUUUGUAUCUUUGAACGUUGUAAGCUAAUUGCGGUAUCCAGGGAUGCUAAUUAUUUGACGCUUAAGGCGGUAUUACUGCAAGUUCCAGUGACUGAUUUCGAGCUAAGAAUACAAAUCAUGAAAAAGGCUAACGGUUGGAAACCAUUUCUAUAUGAUUUAACCGUUAAAUGCAACUUUACUAAAAAAUUGAAUACCAUCACCAGAUUGCUUUGGAAGACAGUUAAAAUUUUUUCAAAUAUUAAAACCGAUUGUCCCUAUAAUCAAAACUUGGAAACAAUUAAUUUAAGUAAUGCAAUCAUAGAAGAAGCUUUUAAUCGUUUGCCAGUUCAACAGGGUGAAUAUGCUUUUUUUACAACUUGGAAGGCAUAUAAUUUAACGCGAGUUAAACUCAAUUUCUAUGGAGUUUUUUAUUAA